UGUGCCUGGUUCUAACGUCUCCGCCUCACUUCUGCUGUUGAGUCGGUUUAGUUGACUUCUGAGUCGUCGUCGCUAAUUGCAUUGUGUUGCCUACGGCAGAGAGGAUGAAGUCUUCUGGCCUUUGGCGAGAUUUAGCGAUAUUUCUCAUCUUCAUCGUCCUAGCUGAGCGUUGUCAAGCACAAGGCGGGUCUUGUCCUGACACUCAGUCUUUUGAGAACGGACUGGGAGCGAUGAAGCAGCGCACUGAUGACAAUCGUCAGUGGACAAGAAGACGAGGUACAACUCCAAGCUCCGGAACGGGACCGAGUUAUGAUUUCGAGCCGGGAAACGGUUACUAUGUGUACCUCGAGGCUACAGGUACUGUCAACGGGUCCACAGCUGUGUUGGACUCACCUCUGAUUGCAGCCGUAGCUUCCCCGCAGAAGUGCGCCAUCUCGUUCGGAUUCCACAUGUACGACGUCACCGAUACGCAGAUGGGAUGGCUGCAAGUUUGUGCCGUCGACGCUCACAACAAAGAAGAGCUUAUCUUGCAAGUGUCGGGAAAUCAGGGAGACAAAUGGCUUUGGCAAACAGUCUUCCUUCCCGCAACUAUGAACGGAGACUUCAUGAUCCGUUUUAAGGCCAUCCGAGGCCCGAGUUUUCGAUCCGAUAUCGCCAUCGAUGCGAUCCGAUUCGGAGACGAAUGUUGCAAUCGCACGUACCCGUGCGGAGCGUGGAAUACCGGCUUCGAUGACAACACAUUCGGAGCUUUUAAAAACGUUCGUCAAGGAAUCGAAUGGACUCUACGUUCCGGAAGAACGCCCAGUUCCAACACAGGACCCAGUGACGACGUAUCCGGAGGAGGCUACUACGCGUACAUUGAGACAAGUUUCCUGGUGUCUACUGGUCUGAACGCUUGGUUGGUUUCCCCGCGCUUCCAGCCGUCGUCUAGCCCUUGCAAAUGUCACAUCGAGUUUUACUACCACAUGUAUGGUACAACCAUUAGAAACCUGACCGUAUAUGUGCGCGAAGAGGCAACGCAGUGGCGCAGGUCCCAAGUAUGGACGAUGGCGGGUAGCCAAGGCAACCAAUGGAAGAAGGGCAUGGCCUGCAUCAACGCCACCAGCAACUACGACGUCGUGUUUGAAGCCUUCAGUGGGACAAGCUGGACUAGUGACAUCGCUCUCGACAACAUCACGUUUGUCAACUGCGAAUGCGUCGUUCAACCGGGACUCCCAAAGGUGGUGUACCAAUCUCCUUGUAACUUUGGUGAGACCGAUGACGUCAAAGGCACAUUCUGCGGUCUAACCCAACCUGACGGAGCAAAAGUUCUUUGGCAACUAAAGAACGGCCGCACACUUACCCCUAACACCGGGCCGUCUUCCGGACAGGGAGGAACAGGCUGGUAUGCACACGUUAUCAGCGACGGCAACAAGGGAAAUGCGGAGUUGAUUACUCCAUGGUUGACUUACAACGAGACGAAGAACUGCAUGAUGUACAUCGCUUGGAACUUGAAUGGAGUCGACGUAGACAACAUUACGUUUACAUUCGAAAGACUCUUCGUAACACCAGUUGGUUACCAAAUAAAGACGGUGCGAACAUUCACGAGAAGAAACAACAGAGGCGACGUUUGGAUACGAACGACUUUCACAGUGAGAACCAUCCUGGGAGGCCAGAAAUACGUCCCGUUUCGGGUCCGCAUUGGCGGUGGAGUCAAUGGUAAACCGUAUGGUGACCUCGCCAUCGACACUAUUACGUUUGGUGCUUGUCCUGGUUCAGCUGCUUUCUGUAGCAACAAUCAGUUCCAAUGCACAUCUUCAACCGGGAACGUUAGGUGCAUAAGCGACCUUCAAGUAUGCAAUGGAUUUAGAAAUUGUGGAACGGACAACGACGAAGGUAACUGCCCGUCAUCUUGCGACUUCGAGAAAGGCUUAUGCACUUGGCGAAAUGAGAAGAGUGACACGUUUGAGUGGACAAGAAGAAGCGGACGGACACCGUCAAGCUCAACCGGACCCUCAAGCGACCACACAUUCAAGAAUUCAUCAGGCAACUACAUGUACAUAGAGACCAGCUUUCCGCGCAGUGUCCAAGACUUUGCUGAACUCGUCACUCCAAUGUUUGGAAGGACGGGAGAUGCGUGUUUUCUGACAUUCUGGUAUCACAUGUACGGCUCCAGCACCGGAACGUUAAAAGUUCUCAAGAAAACACAACUCGGAUAUCUUUCCCUCUGGAGUAUCAGUGGAGAUCAAGGCAAUAAGUGGACGCAAGCUACAGUCAAAAUAGGGAAAGUUCUUCGCACAGAGAUCGUCAUCCGAGGAAUUGCGGGAACUUCCUUCAGGGGUGAUGUUGCUAUUGACGACAUUGUUUUCUCCAACUGCAGAGCGAGUGGUACACUGCCGUGUAGUUCCUCACAAUGGACAUGCGAGGACGGUUCGUGCAUCGAUCAUUCUCAAUACUGUGACGGCCGUUGGGAUUGUCCCGAUCAUUCCGAUGAAACGGGCUGCGGAACGGUGCAAGGAAGCUGCGACUUCGAAACUGGAUGGUGUGGCAUGUCGAACUUAACAACGAACGACCGCAACUUCACAAGAUACUACGGCCAGACAACAACAGUCGGCUCUGGUCCGGCUCAUGACGCCACUCAAAAUCUAACAGGUUACUAUAUCUACCUCGAAGCCAGUGCUUUGGCUACAGGAGCCAAUGCCAGCAUUCAAACGGUUGAAUUGCCGAUCACUACUAUUCCCCGAAACGACUGCUACGUAACGUUUUGGGUGCACAUGAAUGGAGCCGACAUCGGCGUACUCAGAGUGAAUCAGGUGUUUACAGACGUUACCAGGCCAUUGAUCACGUGGACAAACCUCAAGGGCGACAUGGGAGAUCUGUGGCUUUUUCAACGAGCUGGUCCGUUGGACAUGACUUCAGGCAAUUACAGAAUUGUAUUUAUGGCGACGCACGGAUCAGGAUUUAACGGAGAUAUAUCAAUCGAUACCAUCACAUUCACUCCCGGUUGCCAUGACAGUGGACCUUGCACGGCAUCUCAGUUCGCGUGCGGAAACGGUCACUGCGUCUACAACUCGUGGGUUUGCGAUGGUAUAGACGACUGCGGCGACUACUCAGACGAGGCAAAUUGCGCUCCCACCGGUACCCCGCCAGUGACUGCUGCACCACCCACGGUACCAGGAACAUUUCCAGAUGGGACGUGCGACUUUGAAACGGGAUUUUGCAAUUGGAAGAAUCCAACAGAGUCUCAGACUCCCAACGCGGAUUGGAUUCUCGGAUCUGGUUAUAACGGUGGCGGUUCUUUUUUCUUUCGUACGGGACCGAACUAUGAUCACACAACCAUGCUCGCUCCUCCCGCUCCGUGCUCCUCAAUCGAUUUUGAAACAGAUUUUGGUAUCUUUGAUCAAGAUACGACAGACGAUUUCAACUGGGAUCGACAGAAUGGUCGCACACCGUCUAGCGGAACUGGGCCUAGCAGUGACUGCUCGGGUACACCCACUGGAUACUACGCUUACAUUGAAACGAGUUUUCCAAGAAGCAGAAACGACGUGGCCAGGCUUAUCUCGAAGCCGCUCAAAGACGUCGGAGGCUGCAACAUGACGCUUUGCUAUCACAUGUACGGAACCGACAUUGCCGACCUGAUCAUCUACGUGCAGGACGGAUCGGGAGCGAGAACGCAAGUGUGGAACAAGACGGGCAACAAGAGAGAUCAAUGGUUGAACGACACCGUCGACCCCGGAAGCGUCAACGGAACUUUCAAGUUCGUGAUCGAAGGCAUUCGCGGUCCUAGCUUCAGAGGCGACAUUGCAAUUGAUGACGUAAUUUUUUCAAGCGGUUGCGACUGCGCAGGAACGUAUGCUUACUUCCAAGCCACCGGAGCUCAAACCGGAACGGUGGCGUCCCUGCAGAGUCCGACAUACCAACUUUCCAGCCAUUUGUGCCAGAUCAAUUUCUUUUACAGCCUGAUCGGUGUCAACAUCGGAAGUCUGUGGCUUAAUAUGAGCAGCUCGAGUGGCACUCAGACUCUAGUCAAAUACAAUCUGCCCCGCACUGAUCAAUGGUAUGAGAGCACUCAGUACGUCGGCAGUCAAACCAACUUUCAACUGACAUUCACGUACGUCCAUACCAGAGGAAUAUACGGGAACGCGGCUCUGGAUGACAUUAGGUUCAUAAAUUGUAAUCCCAGAGCAAAACCAAACUCGUGUGCGAUAGGAGGAAGCCGCUGGCCGUGUGCAUACAGCGGAGAGUGCAUCCAGUUGGAUCAUUUGUGCGACAGUGUGAAGGACUGCGUCGACGGCUCGGACGAGUCAUUGUCUAUGUGCUCGAAUCUGCCCGGACAUUGCGAUUUCACCAACGGUCUGUGCGGAUUCAAACAAGGCUCAAACGACGACUUCGAUUGGCUUCGUCAAUCAGGCGAAACGCUGUCGUUCGGCACGGGUCCGACUUUCGAUCACACAACUGGGACAUCGUCAGGCUAUUAUAUCUAUAUCGAGACUUCUAGUCCGCGCGUCGCAUUCGACUUCGCCGAUCUUUUCAGUCCGCUCAUGUCGCCGCCGUCACGACCCUCCGGAUCAGCGCUGUCGUGCUCGGUUCGCUUCUGCUAUCACAUGUACGGACAAACGGUCGGCACCCUCUCGGUCUACUUCCAAAAUUCAGACGGAAUGCAACCGAUAUGGCAUUUACACGGCAAUCAAGGUGAUCGCUGGUUGUGCGAUCAGGUCCCUCUAGAUCAAUAUAUUCAAAACAUCAACUACAAGAUCAUGUGGCGAGGAGUGACGGGUAACUACUCGUUCCCGUGGACGUCUGACAUCGCAUUAGACGACAUCACGUUCAGUCUCGGCUGUGGCGGCAUCGCUCCGACUCAACCGCCGCCUCCUUGCUAUGGAGAAAAUCUCGACUGCACGUUCCAGUCGGGCUUUUGUGAUUGGGUCGAUGAUCUCAAUGCCAAGCGGGUGUGGACACGACACCGUGGCAGUACUGGUAGCUUGAACACGGGUCCGCGUGUUGACCACACUUUUGGCAAUUCGUCGGGUUGGUAUAUCUACUUUGAAACUUCCCUUCCGGUGACUGCCAAUGAAAAUGCGAUUCUCACCGUGCACGACCGUUGUGGAGGAGGAUGGAUUACGUACGAUCCCAACAGAAAUUGCUAUCUUUCAUUUGCCUAUCACAUGUUUGGACAAACGAUAAACACACUUACAGUAUAUGUACAGCCCAAAGGCGGCAACACCAGCAUAGCGUGGACCAGGACAGGCGAGCAGGGAGUUUCAUGGCUUACAGAUACGAUCCUUCUCGAAUCUUACCUUCAAGAUGCGACUCAAUUCAAAGUGUGGUUCGAGGCGACCAGCGGCACCAGCUAUACCGGAGACAUUUCGUUAGACGACCUGAUGCUUGGUGGUCCAUGUGUUUCUGUCACACCGCCUGUAAUUUCUACAACACCACCUUUCAUCUCGACUCCCACUCCGACCUUCUGUCCAACCUACCCGCCAGGUCCACACCUCAUGGACUGCAACUUCGACGCCGACGACCUGUGCUUUUGGGAGCGUGUUUCCAACCUCGAUACGAUUUUUGAGCUGCGCAGCGGUGCGACGCCCAGCUUUAGCACAGGACCGAGCAAUGAUCAUACUCUAGGAAACUCUCAAGGUAAAUACAUCUAUAUUGAAACAUCAGUUCCUAUUACGACCGGCGAUCGUGCUCAAAUAAGAUCGAGAGUUAUCGACGCGUCGUGCACGACAUGUAAACUCAACUUCUGGUAUCACAUGUAUGGUGCGACCAUCGGGAGACUAACCGUUUACAUGCAACCGACUUCCGGUACGAGGCAGCAGGUGUGGACUAAAGGACGCAAUCAAGGAAAUCAGUGGCUCCAAGCAAAUGUUGACAUUGUCUGUAACAGUCCGCAUCAGAUAAUCUUCGAGGCAGUUGCUGGAACGAGCUUUACGGGAGACAUCGCAAUCGACGAUAUAACACUCCGAAACUGUCCUCCCGUACCCACUCCAACGCCUCCUCCUCCAUGCAAUCCGAAUUUGGGUCCAGGAGACUGCGACUUCGAGCAAGACUCAUGCCGUUGCUGCUGCUGGAAAAAUCUAGCCACCGGCGACUAUAAUGAUUGGACGCGUGGAAAGGGGUCGACUCAGUCGCACGGUACGGGUCCUGGAUACGAUCACACUACAGGCAACACGACAGGUCAUUACAUGUAUAUCGAGGCUACCGCGGCGUCUCAGGGAUUCCUCAGCAGCGCGGAACUUAUCAGUAGAAAGCUCAAAGCGGUAACAAAAGCGGGACAAUGUUUCAUGACCUUCUGGUAUCACAUGUACGGAGCUGACGUCGGAGUACUGCAACUCUGGAAGCAACCGACGGGAAGUCUACCUUGGCAGCAUCCGCAACUCUUCACAAAAUCCGGCAAUCAGGGCGACAAAUGGAUAAAUGCCACUGUCGACCUCUACACGACAAACUACGUGAACAGCGUAUUUGACUUGGCGUUGUUUGCUGGAGCUAUAUAUUCGGGUUCUUCAGACAUUGCUAUCGAUGACAUAAGCUUUUCUUCCGGAUGUCAAUUUGCAGAUAACAAGCCAUGUGACAACUCGGCUGUUUGCACCGUCAUUAACGCCACAAACUGGUGUGGCUCGUCUUCCACCGCAGUGACGGGAGACUGUGAUUUCGAAUGUGGUCCAUGCUUCUGGAACAACACGGUCUGCGAUAAUUUCGAUUGGCUCAUCAAUGAAGGCGACACGGCAUCAUUCGGUACAGGUCCAAUUACCGAUCACACGAUCGGAACCAAAGAAGGGCAUUAUCUCUACGUGGAAGCAGGAAGCUUUUUUGGCGUUCUACCCAAUAGCAAAGGAGAUAAAGCCAUCUUGGAGAGUCCCAACAUUAAAGCGUCGACAAAGAGCUGCACCAUGACUUUCUACUAUCACAUGUACGGGUUUGAUAUCGGGUCUCUCCUCAUUUACAUGAGAUCGGACACCUCGUUCCAGUUGAUGAAAAAUAUCACCGGCCAACAGGGAGACGUGUGGCACAAGGGCAACGCCACGUUCGUCAGCCUGUCAGACUACCGCGUGCACAUAAUCGCCGUCUACGGCAGUGGCAGCGAGGGAGACAUCGCCAUCGACGACAUUUCAUUCCAGGGCUGCGGAUUUAACUCACGAAAGGACAACUCAUACUGCCGACAAGCUCGUACUACCGGCUGCGCCGACGGAAGUAGAGAGGCUUUCUUUGGCGAGCAGUUCGUCGCCGGAUGCCUCGGGACGUGGGACGGUCUGCGCAGCUUGAGAGAGCAACCGACGGGCGGCAGGUGCGGAAACAAGUUCGCGGACGGACGGUCGGUCAGGUGUAAAUCGCCUGCCGAUGUGUGUGACGCAAGGAAUGGCUGGUACAUGUGCGGAGCAAACGGAAAACCAUCAGACAUAACGAAAUACAUUAACGGCGGCGUGUGUGCGACGGCCGGUUACGGACGUUUCAGUGCGGGUAUCAAUCAUUGUCGCAAGGAUGCUUGUGAUACCGCUCCAAAACUCAACGUCGAUUACGGCUGCCAACACUACUCCGUUCAGUGCGACGAGCCUCUGUGCUGCGGAAUCGACUGCAAACGAGGCAAAUGCACAUACGGGUUCUGGCCGAGUGCGACGUCGCAUACUCCGUUAAACGGCUACCAGGGAUGCUCGAGAAUCUCGGCAGUCAACGCCGGCGGAAUCAUGUGUUGUUAUGAUCCUAAUUAUGUUGUUCCGACUUCGCCACCAGGGCUGUGUACAACUUGCGACUUUGAUAGCGGCUCCUGCGGCUUCAUAGACGAGCGAGUCGACGAUAGCUUCGACUGGACGCGUGCGGCUGGCAGCACGGCCUCAUUAGAUACGGGACCUUCGACCGACCACACGACUGGCACCAGUCUAGGGUAUUAUAUGCAUAUAGAAACGUCUUUUCAAUCCUUCUUGGAGAUAGGAGACGUGGCCACGCUGAGAAGUCCCGAGUACAACGUAACCGCAUUGGGUUGCAAGGCCUGUAUGUUGGAGUUCUGGUAUCACAUGUAUGGAGCUGCCAUAGGAAGACUCGAGGUGUUUGUUGAGCAAACGACGGCUAAGACCCCUGUAGGGCGUACCCCCGUGUGGACGCUGAAUGGCAAUCAAGGCAAUCAGUGGAAGAGAGCGAGGAUUCAGCCUCUCAAUAUCACUUCUCCAACAUUCCAUAUCCUGUUCUUGGCGACAUACGGGGGUACGUGGACCGGAGACAUCGCCAUCGACGACAUUGUUCUACAAGAUUGCGAAGCUGUCACACCGUCGCCAACCUGCUCGCCGUUCCAGUGGCAGUGCCCGAACGACUUCUCGUGUAUCGAUUGGAAUAAACUGUGUGACGGAUACAGCGACUGUCCGAACGGAGCAGACGAGCAGAAUCCCGAUCCGUGCAAAACCGAGUGUCAUGAGUAUUACUGCGUUAACAACGGACAAUGCUACAUCCAAGCAGGACAAGAGAAAUGCCUAUGUCCCAACCCCUUCUAUGGCGUUCGCUGCGAAAAGACGUAUUACACACCCAAACCAGUCAAUGGCACGACGCCUCCCCAAAGGAAUACCCCUGGCACAACGGUUGCCCCCGUCAUGCCUACGAAGUUCACACAGUUCUGUGAUCCGGACACGGACAAGACCUGCUGGUGCUUGGACAGCAGUCAAUACAGAAACAGCCAUUACUGCACGACCUGCACUCAAACUUUCGAAAACUCCGACGUUUGCGUUUGCAACCGCGCUGGUCAGUGUCACCCAACGACGCAAUACGUUAUGGCUCAAACAGUUGGAAUUCCCAUCUCUACCACGCGGCCACCAGUUGUCGUCGUCACCCAACAGCGUGGAGGAGACACUGGCUCUAGCAGCAGCAGCGAUGCUGGCAAGUAUGCAGCCAUCGGUGUCAGCGUCGGAGUUGUCGGAAUAUGCGUGGUGGCUAUCGUCAUCUACCUAAUCAUGAGACAGAAAUAUGCGACCAAAGAGGCCGUCGCCGCCACCAUCCGCCGCGGCGCCCCCGGCACCGGCAUGACAUCCGACACUGCGUCUGGCAUCGGCAAUCCCGUCUACAGCAUGUAUGGAGCAGACGAUGCGCAUACUAGAACUAUAGACGACGUUGACAUGUCGGACAUGUUCGCGCCGGCGUCGGAAAUGACUCUUCCGCGACCGAUACACGAGGGUACACUAGGCCAACAAGCGGCAAGCAAUCCACUCUACUCCGACCCUUAUACUGGUCUAGUCGAGAGAUCGCGAGACUACGCCUUGUUGGCAUAUUGCUCUACUCAUCAACCACCAAACGGCCGGCAGUCCAUUCUUCAGCUUCUAAGAAUUUUUCUGUUUGAACAAAGAAUGGAAGCACUCAAGCUUUGUGCGACCGUCUUGGCCAUGGUCGCGUUUCUCGGCUUUCCUCCAGUACAAGGUCAGAAGUGUCCGUCCUCCUACGCGAAGGGACCUCACGCUCUCGAUUGCGACUUCGACAACGACAACACAUGCGAGUGGGAGCGCGUGCCCAAUCUGCCUCGCAAGUUCGACUUGCAGAGCGGCAACACGCCCAGCUCGUUCACGGGACCGGGCAGCGAUCACACGACCGGGACCGGUUCAGGUAAGUACGUCUACAUCGAAACCUCUGGAGCAAGUGACGGCGACAAAGCUCAGCUGAAGUCCAAAGCGAUCGAUGCAUCUUGCAAAGAAUGCAAACUCAACUUUUGGUAUCAUAUGUACGGCUCGACAAUCAACAAAUUGAAUGUCUACAUUGUAAAAGUUGGGCAGAAGAUGUCGUCGACACCUGAUUGGACAAAGUCAGGUGACCAGGGCAACAAGUGGAUAGCGGCUCAGAUGGAUCUAGCAGUCAAUGCAAAAUACCAGAUCGUCAUUGAGGCCGUUGCUGGGAGCAGUUUCACGGGAGACAUUGCAAUAGACGACAUAACCCUUACAAACUGUCCACCCCGUCCGACCCCUCCGCCUCCAGCACCCUGUCCAACACGUCUUGGACCGGGAGACUGUGAUUUCGAACAGGAUUCGUGUCACUGCUGUUGCUGGCAAAAUCAAGUGGUCGGUGACCACAAUGAAUGGGGGAGGGGACGAGGAGCUACGCCUACAUACGGGACUGGACCUGACGAUGAUCAUACCUAUGGAAACAGCACAGGUCAUUACAUGUACGUCGAGGCAAGUACAGCCAAUACUGGCUGGAGCGAUCAUGGCAAACUAAUUAGUCGAAAGCUAAAGGGAGUCUCAAAGGCCAAACAAUGCUUGCUCACGAUUUGGUACCACAUGGCUGGUACCAAUGUUGGAAAUUUAGAUAUCUACAAGAGACCGGACAACACGUGGAUCUGGCAGCAAAUUCAUCUAUUCUCCCAUCACGGCCACAAGGGAAAAGACUGGCAUAAUGUCACUAUGGAUUUGUACUCCGUAGCCUACAGCAGCAACGACUUUGAAAUAUCCAUUGAAGCUAGCAACUUCGAUCCUGGAAAAACCUCCAGCGACAUUGCAGUUGAUGACCUUCAGUUUUCCUUAGGAUGUAUGUUUGCAGACAACAAAGUGUGUGACAACUCAGCAGUCUGUACACCUAUCAAUGUUACAUCAAAAUGUGGUACAAUUGAUCCUAAAGGACCUGUAACGGGUAACUGUGAUUUUGAGUGCGGUCCUUGCUUUUGGAACAAUACAGUCUGCGACAACUUUGAUUGGUUUGUCCAAGAAGGAGGGACAGAAAGCUGGGGAACCGGACCAAGCGCUGAUCACACAAUUGGAAACAAAGAAGGACAUUACUUGUAUAUCGAGGCAGGAGAAUAUUGGAAAUCAAAGCCAAAGGGCGAUCGUGCAAUCUUGGAAAGUCCCAGUAUCAGGGGAUCCACAAAAGCCUGCACAAUGAGUCUCUACUAUCACAUGAAUGGAAAUGAUAUCGGAUCAUUGCUCUUCUACAUGCGCACCGACACAAGAUUUGUAUUAUUGAAAACGAUUAAAGGAAGCAAGGGUGAUCAGUGGCGUAAAACUAAUGUCACAGCAGUCAGCAGCACAGACUACCGCAUACACAUUAUUGCUGUUACCGAAGGUGGCUACCAAGGAGACAUUGCUAUUGAUGACAUCCUAUUCACAGGGGGUGGCUGUGUUUUUAGCAACAGAAAAGAUAACACCUACUGUGGGAAAAGUCUCUCGAGUGGUUGUGCUGAUGGCAGUCGUGAAGGCUUUUUCAACGAGCAAAGAGUGGCUGGUUGCAGGGCCCAUUGGACUGGAGAAAGGAGUUUGCGUGAUCCUCCUAGCCCUCCUACACACCACUACCUCAACAAACAAUGCAUCAACAAAGCGUGCGGGAACAAAUUCAAGGACGGAAAAUCGGCCACCUGUAACUCUCCAGCUGACGCAUGUGACACAUGCAAUGGCUGGUAUGUUUGUGGCUCGCGAAACCCAGCUGAUAUCACUUUCUUCGUCAAUGCUGAUACCUGUGUCACUGCCAGCUAUGGGCAUUUCAGCGCUGGAAUUAAUCACUGCCAACGUCCAGACGGUUGUUCGGUGCCAACUGGGAAAGACUACGGUUGCACACAUUUUAAUGUGAAUUGCUCAGAGCCACUGUGUUGCGGCUUAGGCUGUGAAAAGAAGGGAUGUACUUCAGGAUUUUUCCCUAAAGAAACGGCACAUACUAAAUUGGCUGAACACAGGGGAUGUUCAAGGCUCACUUCAGAAGACGCGGGUGGUGUCCUCUGUUGCUAUGAUCCUAACUUCGUUCCUCCUACCCUUGCUCCUGAACUCUGUGCAACAUGUGACUUUGAUAAAAACUCAUGCGGAUUCUUCGAUGAAGACAACGACGAUUUCAACUGGGACCGUCACAGUGGUGGUACACCAGGUUGGAAUACUGGCCCAGCAAAUGACCACACAACUGGAACUCCAAACGGUCAUUAUUACUACAUUAACAGCAACAAUAACCAAAAAGAAGGAGAUGUUGCCAUCUUGAGAAGCCCAGAAUAUAAUGUCACAGACUUGUCAUGCACGGCCUGUCUGCUAGAGUUUUGGUAUCACAUGUGGGGUUCAUCUGUUGGAACUCUCGAGGUGUAUAUUGAGCAAACGCUUGACAGUGAUCCACAAUCAAGGCAUCCCAUAUUUCACAAGCAGGGUGACCAGGGCAACAUGUGGCAUAAAGCAUCCAUCUCACCACUCAACAUUAAUUCACCGACAUUCCACAUAAUAUUUUUGGCUACAUAUAAGGGUCAGUGGAAUGGAGACACCGCCAUCGACGACGUCCAACUGAAAGACUGUGAAGUCCCUACAACAACAGCUCCUACUACUGAAGUCCCAGUUUGUGACACUUGGGAAUUUCAAUGUGCAAGUGAUCUAUCCUGUGUUCAAAAUAACAAAUUAUGCAAUGGAGUAAAUGACUGCCCAGCAGGAGAAGACGAAGCCAACGAAGAACCCUGCAAGACUAAAUGUACAAAUAAUUUCUGCGUCAACCAAGGAACAUGCUAUGUAGAGCAAGGACGUCAAAAAUGCCGCUGCACCCGAAAUCACUACGGUACACGAUGUGAGAAAACAUACAGAACGCCAGUACCACCAACAGUCACCGAGGCCCCUACAACAACCAAACCCAUUCAGAAAUGCAAUCCAGACGUUGAUGAAGAAUGUUGGUGCCUCGACAGUCGAGAUUACAGUCGUUAUCACCACUGCAAGAGCUGUAUUCAGACGCAACAAAACUUAGGCACAUGCGUGUGCAACCGACUAGAACAAUGCUUCCCAACUGUCGAAUUUGUGAAACAGUUGGUGCAAGAAGAAGGUACAUAUCCACCAGAGGUUGAAAUUAGAGACGAACAACAGAAAGAGGCAGCAAACAGUGGAGAUUCUGGCAGCGACACGGGAAAGUAUGCGGCAAUUGGAGCUGCCAUUGCCGUAGUAGGGCUGGUGUUUAUUGCUGUCAUGGCUUUCUUCAUAAUGAAACAAAAAUAUGCAACAAAAAAAGCUGUGGUAGGUGGAAGCGGCUAUAACGGUAGAAUGACAGACGAUGCGGCUUCAGGAGUGGGAAAUCCCGUCUACAGUAUGUUUAACACCAUGCCUCAAAAUCCAGCUGACAAUAUUGACGAUGACAUGUUUGCACCAGCCAAAGGCACAGAUAAAGCUGCAAAUGAUUCGAACACCAAUGCUGUUUAUGCAACCUUCAAUUGAUAUCAAUGACAACAUGAUCAUAUGUCUGGAUGCAAGUAGUUUAGCUGACUAAGUAUUUAGGCACUGCUGCGUACGAAGAUUGUUUUGCUGUUUGUGAUAUGUAAGCUGUUGCAACGUUUCCUGUGAGCGGCACGACACGUUCACAUCAACUAAUAAAUGCAUAGUAUAUUUCUCUU